CCCUAUAUAUUAUCUCUCUUCAACCUUUCUUUCUUUUCCAUCAUCUUCUUCCUCCUCUGUAUAUCUAUCCAGACUGCGUUCUAAUGGCGGUUGAAGCUCGUCAUCUUAAUCUAUUUCCUUCUCAUCUUGUUGCGAACAACAGAGAGAUGAUGAUAUCUGUAAACGAAGGAAAUCAUCAACAAACUGUUUACAACAAUGCUUCAAUCGGAUACGGUGCUCCAGCACCGCUAUCUGGAAUCACGACUGAUAAUCUUCAUCCGAUUUAUAACUCUGUAAUCGCUGAUUCAUUGCCGCCGGUUACAUCUGACAGCGGCUUAACCUAUAAUCAUCUUCCAGGUUCUAGAAAACGAUCUAGAGAUUCAGUCAAUCCAUUGAUCGGAUACUCGUUUCAGCCGAAUAAUAAUAACCGUUGCGGUUCAUUCACGUUUCUCGGUGAGGAUAUUUCGUUACAGAUCCAACAACAACAGUUAGAGAUUGAACACUUCAUUUCUCAACACACGGAGAAAGUGAAAAUGGAGAUUGAAGAGAGGAGAAAGAGAUAUACAACAAGGAUCUUCGCAGCGGUUGAGCAAGGAAUCAUGAAGAAACUAAAAUCUAGAGAUGAAGAAAUCGAUAAAUACGGGAGAUUAAAUUGGGCGUUAGAAGAGAAAGUGAAAUCAUUAUGUAUCGAGAAUCAAAUAUGGAGAGAUCUAGCGCAUGCAAAUGAAGCAACUGCAAACGCUUUACGAAGUAAUCUUGAGCAUGUUCUAACCGAGGUCAGAAAUCAACAACUUAUCAAUCGCCGGUACGACGGUGCCGGAACAGUAGAAAACGAUGCUGAACUUGACGAUGCUCAAUCAUGCUGUGGAAGUAAUGGAGUCGCCGGAGACGACGAUGAACGACGUACGGCGCCGGUAAGUAACUUCCCCGCCGGCGGCGGCGAUAGAAUGUGCAGGAAUUGCGGUAGGGAUGAAGCAUCUGUAUUGCUUUUACCUUGCAGGCAUCUGUGUUUGUGUAACGUUUGUGGAUCAUCGGUUCAUAUUUGUCCAAUCUGUAAAUCGACAAAGAACGCUAGCGUUCAUAUUAAUUUGUCUUAAAAAGAAA